AUGAAUCAAAAAGUUAGCUUACCUUAUGAGACCUGCGAAAUGAAAAGGGGCAACUUUCAGAUGCCCAAAGAAUAUCAUCCAAAUGUCAAAUAUGGAUUUUUUAGAAAUUUAUUAUUUGGAAAAUACACUCCCUACUACUUUAAAAGUUUUUUCGUAGUAUCCGGGAAAGUUCUAGGAGGAUUCUUACUUUUUUACUAUCCCCUGGAUAAAAUUCAUUGCAAUAUCCGCCGUUUCAAAAGGAACUUACAAAAAAAUAAUUAA